GGAUUUAGACAUGCCAUGACCAUGGCCUUUGCUAUUGAUGAGAUCAACAAGAAAAUAAAUUUGCUCCCUAAUGUGACUUUGGGAUACAGAAUUUAUGACAACUGUGGAGCCUUGGUGGUUGGAUUCAGUGGAGCCUUAUCACUGGCCAGUGGCACUGAUGAACAGUUUAAGCUUCUGGAAAACUGCUCAGGAACCCCACCAGUCCUUGGGAUUGUUGGUGAUCACUACUCUACUUUUUCUAUUGCCAUUGCUAAUGUACUAGGUUUAUACAAAAUGCCUCUUGUGAGUUAUUUUGCAACUUGUUCCUGCCUUAGUGACCGUCAACGCUACCCGACCUUCUUUAGAACAAUUCCAAGUGAUGCUUUCCAGGUGCGUGCUAUGGUUAAGAUCCUUAAACAUUUUGGCUGGACAUGGGUCGGUCUGCUGGUCAGUGAUGAUGAUUAUGGACUGCACGUCGCUCAGUCAUUCCAGUCGGACCUGGCUCGGUCUGGUGAUGGGUGUCUUGCGUACCUUAAGGUUUUACCCUGGAACAGUGACCAAAGCGAGCUCACACAGAUUGUGCAUUUGAUUAAGGCAUCAACAGCUCGAGUGGUCAUUGUGUUUGCGCAUGAGAUCCACAUGAUUCAACUGAUGGAAGAGGUGGUGAGGCAGAAUGUUACAGGUCGUCAGUGGAUUGCAAGUGAAACGUGGACAACUGCAGUCGUACUCCAAGUGCCUCACCUAAUGCCAUACCUCAGUGGCACACUGGGUAUUGCCAUCCGCAGGGGGGAGAUACCAGGUCUGAGGGACUUUCUGUCACAAAUCAAACCUGUCAAAAACAGCUCUGGGAAUGAUCUUGUAAGGCAGUUUUGGGAACACACCUUUAAGUGUAAAUUUGAUGGAGCAGGAUCGGUGGAAACUGAGAAACCUUUAUGCACUGGAAUGGAAAACAUUGAUGCUGUGCAGACCGAGUUUUUGGAUCUUUCUAAUCUCAGGCCAGAGUACAAUGUUUACAAAGCUGUGUAUUCUCUGGCUUAUGCCCUCCAUGACAUGCUAAAGUGUCAGUCAGAGAGUGGCCCUUUCAGUUGUGCCACUUUGUCCACCCUGGAGCCAUGGCAGCUCGCUCAUUAUUUGCAAAAGGUCAACUUCACCACACCGUUUGGUGAUCAGGUGUCAUUCGAUAAGAAUGGCGAUGCUUUACCGAUUUAUGAUGUUAUGAACUGGCUGUGGCUCCCUGAUGGAAAAACUAAAGUUCAGAAUGUUGGCGAGGUGAAGUCAGCAGGUUCCGGCGGUGAAGAACUCUAUAUUGAUGUGGACAAAAUUUUCUGGAACACUGAGUCUAAACAGCCUCCUCAGUCAGUGUGCAGUGAAAGCUGUCCUCCAGGUACCCGUGUGGCCCGAAGGAAGGGGGAACCUGAAUGCUGCUUUAGCUGUGUGUCGUGCUCUGAGGGAAAGAUCAGCAACACAACAAACUCCUUGGAGUGCAUCACUUGUCCAGAGGAUUUCUGGUCCAACUCCCGGCGUGACCUCUGUGUUCCAAAGAAAACAGAGUUUCUGUCCUAUCAUGAACCUCUGGGUAUCUGUUUGACAACCACCUCCCUUCUGGGUACAUUUAUCUGUACUGUUGUCUUGGCAAUAUUCGCCUUUCAUCGGCGUUCACCAAUAGUACGAGCCAACAACUCAGAAUUGAGCUUCCUGCUUUUAGUGGCAUUGAAACUUUGCUUCUUGUGCUCCCUGUUGUUCAUCGGACAACCCAGGCUUUGGACGUGCCAACUGAGACACGCAGUGUUCGGGAUCAGCUUUGUGCUUUGCAUCUCAUGUAUUCUGGUGAAAACCAUGGUGGUUCUAGCUGUGUUCAAAGCUUCUGAACCAGGAGGGGGAGGCAAUCUGAAGUGGUUUGGACCAAAGCAGCAGAGAGGAACAGUGUUCUCCCUUACCUGCAUUCAGGCAGCAAUCUGCGCUGCUUGGCUUGUCUCUUCCUCACCAGCUCCUCGUAAAAACACUCAAUACCACAACGACAAGAUAGUUUAUGAGUGUGAGGUUGGGUCCACUAUUGGUUUUGCUGUAAUACUUGGUUACAUUGGCAUGCUGGCUAUCCUUAGCUUUUUCCUAGCGUUUCUGGCAAGAAAUCUUCCCAACAACUUCAACGAGGCCAAACUCAUCACUUUUAGCAUGCUGAUCUUCUGUGCUGUUUGGAUGGCUUUUGUUCCUGCUUAUAUAAACUCUCCAGGGCGAUAUGCUGAUGCAGUGGAGGUGUUCGCCAUACUGGCCUCUAGUUUUGGCCUUCUGGUGCCGCUGUUUGGACCUAAAUGUUACAUAAUCCUACUAAAGCCAGAAAAAAAUACAAAGAAGGCCAUAAUGGGUCGAUGAGGACAACAGCAGAUUAUCUAUUAAACAUCAAUAGUGUGAAUAGGAGCAAAAACAACUCUGUAAAGUCAAAAAUGUGCAAGGUGUAUUUUUGUUCUGGAAUCUCAUAACUUUUUCAGAUUAAAUAUUUAACACCAUGUGCACAAUUGCAUAGAGGAACAAUAAGAGCUCCAUCAUCCAACAAAACUUAAUUUUCCUAACUUGCUCAGUCCCUUUUUUGGGGUCACAGGGAUAUAGGAGUCUAUCCUAGCCACUGAUGUGCAAAGGUGGGGUACAUCCUGGAGAAGUCCCCAGUUCAUCACAGUGCCACACAAUUACACAUACUCACACCCAGGGCAAAAUUUAGAAAGCUAGGGAAAACGCACGUAUGCACAUGGAAAACAAGCAAACUCCACACAUGAAGGUCUCUCCAACAAAACAAACGAAAAAUAAUAAAUAUAAGUUGACUCUAGACAGUUCUAAAUGCUUCCACAUCUAAAAUAUUCUAGUAUCUUUUGGCUAUAAGGUCCUGUGGCCAGCAAAAUGAGCUCAAUUGUCAUGUCUGCAUCUCCUAGAUACUUUUUCCCAGCUAUGCUGCUUAGAGCACUGAUAUUUUUUUCGUAUGUUUUUGCUCAAACAGCUAUUUCAACUCAUCACUAAGCUCUGCAACUGUUACAGAAAGGUGUGUUUGAGCAGAAAAAUGGGCAAAAACAUGCAGGACAAUGCAUUCUAAAGAGCAGGAUUAAGACACAGUCAUUUGUGAACAAACCAAUGCAUUCAAGUCAUAGAUACAAAGAAAACCUUGCUAUGACUGCUAACAGCAGUGUUUGUUAGAACUUUACAACUAUUAUCUCAUCUGACUGUUCUUAAACUGACACAUACGCUGGAACACAACUGAUCUGUGUUUGAGGGAUUUCAUGGAACGUUUGCAUUCCAGAAUCAUUUUUGGUUUUAGGACUAGUCAUAUCAGAGAUCAGCAGGGCUCCUCUUGUCUCAACCCCAAAGUCUAACUUGUCCCAUCCUUUAAGAGUCAGGAGUGAAGUUGUGCUGGGAUCUGCUGGUGGGUCCCAACUGCAAACUAGAGUGGAUUUUUUGAGAAUCUAUGUGCAUGUGUGUGUGUGAGCACGUAAAUGUAUUUACUAAGAAAAAAUUAUUAGCAGUGUUUGGAUAGUGCGGAGGCCUGCAACCUCCUGUCAGUAAAGAUGUGAUGAGUAUAAAUUCAUGGGCUGUAGCUCCACACAGUGGAAUUAUGAUGAACAACAGUCAGCUUGAUAGCUCGUCCUGCAUGCUGACUUGUCCAGCUGAGAGUAAAUUUGCUCUAGUUUUUUUCCCCCCCCGUUGAUUUUGAUCAGAUUUUAUUCUUCCUGAGCUCACGCCAUCUGUAUGUAUUUUAUGGUCAGAUCCUGUCAUGUCACCCUUGUUUGCUUUUUCCACAGUUGUGAUUUUUACAUGGCUUAGUUCAGUUAUUUAGUUUUGCUUAUUUAUUUUAAUUGAGUCAAUAAAUUAUUUUGUUUUCCACCAAGUCUGUCUGCAGUCUCCAACGUUUUACUCCUCCGCAGCACAAUUUCAUGACACCCCCCUCUACAACUUCAAUAAAAAGAUGACAGAUUCACUUGGGAUCAAGUUGUAGGUGCUAGUGAAUAGGAGUUUGAAAUGUUGAAGGUCUCUUCAUGGUUAACUGAAUAAAUCUUUGAAGAUAUAAAACAUUUCUCAAUCCCUUCAAACAAGCUUCGCUGGCAGAAGCAAGAAGGCCCUGGUUUAUUCAGUUUGUCCUGAAAGUCAAUGGAUGGAUGGAUUUC